UUAUAUUUUUAGAAAUAUGAAUAUCCAGAUUAUGUUUUGUCAAACCAAGCCUUAAAGUUUUAAACAAAAAUAAAAGAAUCUCCUUUCCCUUUUUUCUGCACCAUUUUUAUUUUUGUGAUGAAAAUGCUAUGGGAUAUGUUAGAGGGAGUGUCAACUCCUCGGCCAUAACCCUCCAAACAUUGGAAUACAACUUAGAUGCAGUAACCUUGGGAGUUUGUCAUAUUUUAACAUUUUUUUUUGGUUUGGUUUGAAGAAUAAGCAUAGCAAUAUUGUUCAUAUGACUCUAUUAUCCUGUAUAUUCUAUGAGAUCAUCUUUUUACAUAGUUUCAUGAUCUGAUCCCUCCAUUUGAAUAGACCUACCAUGGAUUACACAUGCUAUUAAAACCUCGAUUGAAUACAUAUCAUUGCUGAUAUAUUCCGGGGGGUGGUUGAAACUGGCUAAUAUCCAGAUCUCCAGGUUUCAGAAUUCCCAGGUUUAUUCAAACACCGGUUUCUAAAAUCCCUAGGAUUCCAUACAUGUUACCAAACACUGUACUUUCAUAGCACUUUCCACCACCAGGUAUCCAAAUUUACAGCUUCCAAAUUUCAAGCGAUGUGUGUUUCCGGUUUCAAAUCAUCAAACACACCCCAAUGAUGGGUGCCAUAGUUGUGAACACAGAAGGCCCUUCCAUUGAUUCUACAGACGAGCCCCUCUCAGAGUGGCCGUUCUCCUGUGACUUGGAAGUGGAUUGUGGCUCAGUGGAAAAUGCCUCUAUGAUCUUUAGAGCUUUAAAUGUUGAUAAGGAGUUGCAGCCUGAUAAAGUGAAGAGGCAGAUGUUGUUGUCUGAUGGAAGGCUUUCAGUCCAUUUCGAGGCAGUGGAAGCCAGAUUUCUCCGUGCAUCAUUCAGUGCAUUUGUUGAUAUCCCGACACUUGCCACAAAGCUUAUUGAAGAAUUUGGUCCAAAGGAGGGAUCCCGAUCAUGACUUAAAUAUGAUCAGCUAUUUACAGAAGCGGGCAAUCAUUGCUCUUGCUUCCAGUUCCUUGCAUGCACAAAGCUCUCAAGUAUAAACGAACAAAUCACUCUCAAGACUGUUGGUAUUAUUCCCAAGAAUCGCCCCUUGGGUUGCCUUUCACUAGUUUGGAUAUACCUAUGUACAAGAUUUUGAUUCUCAUCCAUGUGUUGUGUAGUGUCUCUACCUAGUAAAACUAAGCGAGCCAAAAAAGCCCUACAGAAAAGAAAGAAAAUACAUUGAAGCCUUCCAUGUUGCUUGUACA